AUUUUUUCUGCCUCUUUUUGUCUCAUUCUUUACUUUCUCGUUAUCUUUGUUCUUCUUCUUUGCUAAGAACAAGCACUGUCUCAGUUUGAACACGCAGAGAGUGAGUGAGAGAAAGAGAGAGAGAGAGUUGUGUGUUUGUGGGUAUUUUGAGGAUGAUGGAGUGGGAGAAGCUGCAACAGAAAGAGCAUGAAAUGGAUGGGCAGGCGAAUGGGAAUGGAGGAGUGUUGUAUGUGAAGGUGAUGACUGAUGAGCAAUUGGAGACUCUUCGCAAGCAAAUUGCUGUUUAUGCCUCCAUUUGUGAGCAGCUUGUUGAGAUGCACAAGAACCUUACAGCCCAGCAAGAUCUUGCAGGUGUCCGGAUGGGAAAUCUGUACUGCGACCCGCUGAUGACAUCUGCGGGACACAAAAUUACUGCCAGACAGAGGUGGACUCCAACACCUGUGCAGCUACAAAUUCUGGAGCGCUUAUUUGAACAAGGGAAUGGAACUCCAAGCAAGCAAAAGAUCAAAGAGAUAACCUCUGAGCUGAGCCAGCACGGGCAAAUUUCUGAAACGAAUGUUUACAAUUGGUUCCAGAACCGGCGUGCUCGAUCAAAAAGGAAGCAACAAAAUGCAGCAUGUAACCAUGCUGAAUCAGAAGUAGAGACAGAAGUGGACUCACCAAAGGACAAGAAAACAAGACCAGAGGAACUGUUUCAGUCCCAGCAGAACUCAGCUCAAAGGACUGAAGAUUUGUGUUUCCAGAGUCCUGAGAUAAGUUCUGACCUGCAUUUCUUGGAUCCACAGACCACGAAGACAGAUAAAAUGUUCCCAUCAAACAGCGGUUUAAGGACUUCCAGACAUUUAAGCGAAAUGUCAUUCUAUGAUGAAGUGCUAUCAAACUCAAGAAAUGACCUCAUGACUGGAAAGAUUGAAGCAGGCAACUACAAUCUUUUUCAGCAGGCAGAAGACUACGGCAUGACCGGUUGACAUUCAUCCGUCAAUUUCCAAGAUCGAGUUUGGUCCUGUUUGAAUAUGGCGACAUACGAAGCCUAACCUUAGCAGCAGAGUUUAUGGUUCCAGCUGAGUUUAAGUUGAGAGUUAGAUAGAUAGAUAUAAUAGUGAUAUACUAGUCUAGCAUGACAUAUGAAAAGUUGCUGUUGGGAUUUUGUGUUUUGAGUCUUGACUGAUCAAUCUUUGCAUUGCCUCUUUUUAUUGUUAAUAGAAUGAAUAUCAGAUGUUUAAUGCUGAGACCCUUUGAUGAUAUCUACUUAAUUUCUAUUUUGAUUAUAUA